AUGGCAGAACGAACAUUGGCAGGUGACAACGAAGUGCGACUUGACCCGUCGACAACGUCGGCAGCUCAUGGUGCUGCGACUGCCUCCACCACCGUUCCGCAAAGAAUUACCAGGUCCUCGGCCCGCCAGGCUGCGAGCCAGGCAGCCCAGGCUGCUGGUCCUCUAGCUCCCUCCAAUUCCGCGAGUACAUCUCCUGCAUCGACCGUACCUGCUACAUCCUUGUUGCCACUUGAUCGGAAGCGGAAAGCCUCCUCUUCGACUUCCCUCGACAAGGCAUCUGCACCUCUUGCGCCACAACAUACUGCUGCUGUAGGUCGACGGUCCAAGAGACAGAAGAUCACGGAACCGCCCUUUCCAAGCCUUCAAAGACAUCGUAGGAAAGGGAAGGCCACCGUUGCUGAAAUGGACGGCACUGAUGUCCAGGCCUCACCCCCCGAACCCGCCGAGGUUCCCCCUCAGUCAAUGACAUCAAGUAGAAAGAACAGCCGCACCAAAAAGUCAGAGCCUAUUUCUACAUCUGCUGGCCGCAGAUCAAGGCGCCAUGCAAGCGGCGCUACCGAACAGGAUACGAACAUGACUGGCACAGACAACAAUCCCGAGCCGGGGCCCCUCACCUCCCAGCCUGUGGAUCGUCCUGCCGACGAUGGCAACAAUGACAAUCGCGAGGACGAUAAGCACCUAAACGAGCAUGACCGGCUUGAUGAACAAGACGAGGAUCACGACGAGGAUGACGAGGAUGAUGAUGAUGAUGAUGAUGAUGAUGACGACGACGACGACGACGACGACGACCCAUUCGGUGGCUUCGGCGGCCCCGGUGGUGUCGUUGCUGGGCUCUCAAGCACUUUGCGAGCAUUGACAGGAAUGAUGUCUAGCGCUACAAGCCGGCUUCGCGAUAUUCUAAACAAUUUAAGGAAGGACGACCUGUCAGUACAGGUGAUAGCUCUCCAAGAACUUUCCGAGAUACUUCUUGUGUCCAACGAAGACAACCUUGCUGGUCAUUUCUCGCCGGAUGCUUUUGUCAAAGAGCUCGUGACAUUGAUGGGCAAGGAAGAAAGUCCUGAGAUAAUGCUGCUAGCUUGCAGAUGUCUUGCCAACCUCAUGGAAGCCUUGCCUGCAAGCGUAGCUAACGUCGUCUAUGGAAACGCUGUGCCAGUCUUGUGCCAAAAACUGCUCGAGAUCUCGUUCAUCGAUUUGGCGGAGCAGGCUUUGAGCACGUUGGAGAAAAUAUCAACAGAAUAUCCCUCCAGUAUAGUCCGAGAAGGUGGACUGACAGCCUGCUUGUCAUACCUGGACUUCUUCGCAACCAGCACGCAGAGAACUGCCGUCACCACCGCCGCAAACUGCUGCCGCAACAUCUCUGACGAUUCUUUUCCAGUAGUCAAAGAGGUGAUGCCCAUACUACUCAACGUCCUCAAUAGCAACGACCAGCGGGUCGUGGAGCAGGCCUCCCUUUGCGUCUCGGGCAUCGUUGAGAGCUUCAAAUACCAGCCUACCAAGCUUGACGACUUGGUCAGCGUCGAUCUCCUUCGAGCCGUUCUGCGUCUGCUAGUUCCUGGAACGACGAAUCUUAUCGGUUCAAGUAUCCACACUCAAUUCCUCCGCGUUUUAGCCUUUACGGCUCGAGCAAGCCCGAGGCUGUCUACAGAGUUGUUCAAGCUGAAUGUGGUUGAGACCUUGUAUCAAAUCUUAACCGGAGUCUCCCCCCCAAGUGGCACAGAGGAUGUUGCUUCCAAGCUGGACAGCGUGGUCGUCAUGCAAGCCCUCAUUCACCGUCCUCGAGAACAGAUUGUGGAGACCUUGAAUGUUAUAUGCGAGCUACUGCCGAGCUUGCCUCGGAAUUCUGACCCGUUAUUUGGUGAUUUUGUCGAGCUCUAUAAUUCCACUGGCGUGAUAGCACCGUCUGCCGGGAAGAAUAAGCGAAGUACCAACGACAAGCGGCUCAAGUUUUUAGAAGAUUGCAAAGCUGAAGUCCGCCGCUUCGCGUUGAUUAUUUUCCCAACAUUGACAGAUGCAUUUUCGAGCACCGUUAAUUUGAGUGUGCGACAAAAAGUGCUGACCGCCCAACUGAAAAUGUUGUCUAACUUGGACCAAAACAUUCUCACCGAAGCCUUGGUUCCUGUUCCAUAUGCAUCGUUUCUUGCUUCAAUCCUCUCGCAGAAGGAUCACCCGUCAUUGGUCCUGCUGGGGCUGCAGGCCACGGAGCUUCUUGUCAGUAGGCUCGAGUCGAUCUAUCGAUAUCAACUUUAUCGCGAGGGCGUUUUCCAUGAAAUAAACAAACUGGCGACGCAAGAAGAUUUGAUGAAACUGGAAAAUGAUGCCUCAGAGGAUGACAACGAGAAUGCUGGAGAAGAAGAAGAAGGAGAAGAAGACCAUGAUGAAGACGUGGCAGAAGGAGAGGAGGACGAUGAUGAGAAUCGAGCCCAGGCCUAUGAUUCCGGCAAGGUUUCAGACAACGCUUCCAAGCCAGUUGAUUGUGGAGUCCAGCUACAGGAAUCUUCAUCUCCAGUUCCCGAUGGCGAGCGGCCUCAGCACGACGGGAUUGAAGACGAAGAAGUUGCUGAUAUUGAUGGCUCCUCAGGUGACGAGGACGGUGAAGAAGGUGACGAAGACGCUAAUAACGAAGACGAGAAUGAUCCAGAUCACGUCCCCGUCGAACUGUCUCCUGCUAGCUCCCGUGGAUCCACCAUGUCCGUUGACGUGCCGCCUCAUCGAUAUAUCUCAGACAUUAAAACCAUGAGGUCUCGUAUCCGACAUAUUGCAAAGAAGUUCCUUGAGGUUCAUGAACAAGGAGACCAUGCUAAAGCGAUGAAAGCCAAGGCCAACCUGAUAUUGAGUGACUUGUCUCAACUCGCAGCCGAACUUGAUGAACAUUAUCUAAAGCGAACCGCUGCCACAGUCGGCGGUGUCAAAAAGGGCAAAGAACUUCUUUCCAACCUGGCGUCGUAUUUCGAUACCGAUGUUCUCGAAAGCGUUACUAGCGCUGAGCUUCUGGCAUCUGGUCUUGUGCAAACCUUGCUCGACAUCUUCAGCAACCCCGACGAGCAACUAGCUCGUUCUGCUCAAUCUACGUUUCUGGAAGUGUUUAUGGGAUAUUCGCUCAAGUCGAAGCCGAAGACUGCGACUGCGGAUUCGCCAGCCACUCCGUUCAGCGUUCUGGUACACAAGCUCCAAGAUUUGCUUAGUAGAUCCGAGCAUUUCGAAGUUCUCACAGUGCAUCACAAUACAUUUGAUGGUAACCGAAGCAGCCCGGCUUCUAUGCUGGGAAAGCAAAUUCGGCUGCGCCUUGUAGCAGAUGACGAGUCUAAUAUUCCACGUGCAUACAGGAACAUUAUGGUUUCCAUUCAUGCCAUCGCUACCUUCAAGUCAUUGGAUGAUUACUUGCGCCCUCGCAUUACUUUGGCGGAUCGACCUGCCAUGGGCCGUAGAGAUGGACUCUCUCGGGCUUUGGCUGCCGUUGCUGGAAUGGGAGGUCUACAAUUCGGCAGCGCAGGAGCAUCAGCAGCAGGUGCUCGUCUGGCUGAUAGGUCGCCCUUCGGGUCCAUCCCUCCCCCGCCUCCUCCCCCCCCAGGUUCAGUCAUGACACCAUCUGGCUCCAGACAUUCGCGGCGGCCAAAGGAUCGGUCCACUCCUCAGCCCAACCCCUCUUUUGCUCCUCAGGAGCAGCCUGCGGGGCCGUCUCGCGACAAAGGGGUCCUCCGCCGGUCAUCGAGACGACAAGGACAGGUGGUUCCUGGUGAAGAGACCUCCGCGCCGCGACCACCACCCUCAGAGGAUGACCAACCACAAAAUACUCUCGAAUGUGCCGACGAGAAGCAACUUUCUGACGAGGUUGACCUGGACCAUGACGGGGCCUUGGACGCCAUCUUGGGUGAACUCGAUGAGGAUAUGGAUGGUGUAGCCGAAGCCACCACUAGUGCCGAUCCGUCAGCUGUCAGCCUGGAGGUCGCGGCUGGAGGAAAGAUAACUGCCAGGAAGGAUGAUGGAACAAGAGUUCUCACCCCCUCCGGGUCUUCUCUUGCCAACCCCCUUGGUGGACCACCCCCUCCGCCUCUAUCGGGCCAAGGAACACCCACACCAUCAAACUCUUCGACCUCACGACCGGCCAUGUCUUACGCCUCGGUACUUCAGUCAGUUCCACAGGACUGGCACAUCGAGUUCAGCCUGGAUAACAAAGUCAUUUCGAACGAGACGACAAUCUAUCGCGCUGUACACACCUCGACGUCUGGUUCUGAUGAAGUCGUCAGUCGCAGCAUCUGGUCAACUACCCAUCCCAUCAAGUUUCGUCGCGUCGCCGGACCCCCCUCUGCCGAAAAUACUUCGUUCAGCAAUAAUGCCGACACUGACGGAGAAACUUUGAAUGGCAUUCCUGCUUCCUUGGCAAAGAAUCCAAUCACUGCGUCCAUUCUGCGCUUGCUCAAUAUUCUCCAUGAGCUAAACGCGAACAUUGAAGAUGUCCUGGCUGAGAAUAGAAAUAGCUCCAUCAGUGUCAAUGUUGAGCCCUUGUCACAGUUUGUCAACACGAAGCUUACUGCAAAGUUGAAUCGGCAACUCGAAGAACCCCUCAUCGUAGCCAGCAGCUGCUUGCCUGGCUGGUCUGAGGAUCUGGCCCGUUUGUAUCCAUUUCUAUUCCCAUUUGAGACUCGGCAUCUCUUCCUUCAGUCUACAUCCUUUGGAUAUGCCCGAUCGAUGGCGAGAUGGCAGAAUGCGCAGUCCGAAGACAACCGCAGGGACCGUAAUGCUGAGAGACCAUUUCUCGGUCGCUUGCAGCGGCAGAAAGUUAGGAUUUCACGACUGAAAAUACUCGAGUCGGCGCUCAAGGUAAUGGACCUAUAUGGUGCCUCUCAGAGCAUCAUAGAGGUGGAGUACUUUGAGGAAGUUGGCACCGGACUCGGGCCGACCCUGGAAUUUUAUUCGACGGUUUCCAAAGAAUUUUCCAGAAAGAAGCUCAAGCUCUGGCGCGAGAUGGAUUCUGCCGGAUCCAACGAGUUCGUGAAUGGGCAAAAUGGACUCUUUCCCCGACCGUUGAGUCAGGAAGAACUAUCGACGCCUAAUGGGGAAAGGAUUCUGCAUCUUUUCAAAAUGCUAGGCAAAUUCGUGGCGCGGUCCAUGAUCGACUCGAGAAUUAUCGACAUUCAUCUGAAUCCGAUUUUCUUCCGUAUUGGGGACGCGCCAACUACAGGUAUCAAACCGUCUUUGGGAGCAGUCAAAGUUGUCGAUCCUGGCCUUGCUCGAUCCCUCAAGACGAUCAAAAAGUUUGCGCUGGCCAAAAGAGAAAUUGACGAGGAUCCCAACCGCACCGCUGCGCAAAAGGUUCUUGACACAGAGUCAAUUGUGAUUGACAACGUGCGCUUAGACGAUUUGUGCUUAGAUUUUACCUUGCCAGGCUAUCCCAAUAUCGAACUGGAAGAUAAUGGUUCUCACAAGCGGGUCACGAUUGAAAAUGUGGACGCCUACCUUGAGAAGGUCAUUGACACGACCCUUGGAUCUGGAGUGCGGCACCAGGUGGAUGCGUUUCGAGCCGGAUUUUCACAAGUAUUUCCUUAUUCAGCGCUCAGCGCGUUCACCCCAGAUGAGCUCGUCAGACUGUUUGGAAAAGUAGAGGAAGACUGGUCCUUGGAGACCCUCACGGACUCGAUCAAGGCCGAUCACGGAUUCAACAUGGACAGUCGCACUGUGAAAAACUUGCUUCAGACUAUGAGCGAGUUUGACACGCAGCAUCGCCGCGACUUUUUACAAUUCACUACCGGUAGCCCCAAGCUUCCGAUUGGGGGUUUCCGGAGCUUGACGCCGAUGUUUACUGUCGUUUGCAAGCCGAGUGAACAUCCUUACACCUCUGACGACUACUUGCCCAGUGUCAUGACGUGUGUAAACUACUUGAAACUACCCGACUAUACUACGACUGAAACGAUGAAGAAGCAGCUCUUCAAAGCCAUGAAAGAAGGCCAAGGAGCCUUCCACUUGUCCUGA